UUCAAUGAAUGAAACUAUUAAUGAAAUAAUUUCAAAAAUCCAGGAAGUUGAUGGUGACAUUGAAACUAUUUCUGAAGAUUUAGAAGCAUAUUAUCAGAAAUUAAAUGAAUUGAAAAGACGUAUUAAAAAUAUCGUAGAUGAGGAAUUUCGUGAUUUUUGUACAAAUAUUGGAAUAAUGGAUAUUGAGCAGUAUGAAAAGGGAGGUCUACAAGAACAGCGGAAAAGAGAACAAACUAAGCUUGACCGACAGAAAGAAAUUGAUAAAAUGUUAAACAAAUUGGAAUACAUGAAACAACAAGAUCGAACUACCGUUAAUGUAGAUCGUCUUACUAAGGUUGUUGAAAACUACUUCAAUAAAUUAACAAGAUGUGAAAUGGAAUGGAAUAAAACGAAAACACAAUUUUUGAGAUUGGAUAGCCUGCUUAAGGGUAAUGAGCUACUUAUUGUAGAGAAACAAACAGCAAUAAAAACAGCCAAGGAUAAACUGCACGAGGCAGAACAGCAACUAAAGGAGAUAUCAGAGACCUACUUAACUUUGCAGUCAAGUACUAAAAAAUUAGAUAAUGAUCUAUUGAAGCUAAAAAAUAAUCGACACAAAGUAUUCAUGGACUGUAAGGUACAAACUGCCAAAAAGUUGUGUAUUUGCUGUACUAUCAGGAAUUCUAAAAUGAUGUCAUCGGCUAAUGACGAAUGAGAGUUUGUGCCGUGAGGGACUUCCGUUUUAUCAUCAGUUUUAUUUCGUAGAAUCAAGGGAGCAUAAUGUGGACGAGGUGGCUGAGCGAAAUGCAUUGUGCGAUAAUGACAAGUUCAUAACUUGCUAUUAAACUUUGUUUUAUUUAUCCAUUAUCAAAUUACGAAUGGAACUAGUAAUUGAUUUA